AUGCAGGUUUUUGGGAAAACACUGGCAGGUAAAAGCAUUUACCCUGAGGUGGAGCCAAGUGACACUAUCCAGACUAUCAGAGCCAAAAUCCGAGAAAAAGAAGGUAUCCGCUCUGAUCAGCAGCGUCUCGUCUUCGCUGGAAAACAGCUUGAGCAUCGAUGCACGUUGGCAGAUUAUACAGCUUCCUCAGAGUCCACCCUCCACCUUGUCCUGCGUCUGGGGGGGGGGGGCAUCAUUGAGCCAUCCCUGAGACAGCUGGCUAAAAAGUACAACUGUGACAAGAUGGUCUGCCGCAAGUAUGAAUGCAGACUUAGCACACUGUUAUAUUAG